AUGCUUGUAAUAGCAAGGCGACCACCUACCAACUUAUGGCUGGUGCUCAAAGACUCCUACUUGGUUAUGCUGAAACCGAGCAAAAUCAGCGAGCAGAAAAGUAACGGGUCAAAGAAAAACCAACUCUCGACUAGCCAAUCUACGCUUCUAACGGAUGUGACGAGGAAUGGGGAAGAGCCACACCUAAUGCACGCUCACCCCAAAGCCACUCAGCGGUGGUAUCAUCGAAACCGACGAUGGAGGUUCUGCAAAGUCAUUCUUAUGGAUCAGCUCUUCAAGUACUCCACUGAACAAAGUGCGGCUGGAGCCAUUUUGACGAUCAAGAAUAUGCAUUACGAGCUAAAGAUGAAAACGCUACGACCAACCGAUUGGGUGACGGAAAUGACGAAGGUAUUAAGUCGCUCGACAGCUUUGGAUCACGUUCAACUGAAUCCCAAUGACUCCUUCGCACCGGUCCGAAAGGAUGGACAAAUUCUUCUGUGA